AUGGAGCCCACCGGCUCAACAUCCCUCCGCGAAAGCACCUCGCCAGGACAGCCUACAGGCAGCUCCAGCGAAAGCGACAAUCUAGCCACAGUCCCAACAAAUCGCGAUGGGCGCUCCUCAAUCUACGAAGCCGUCCGCACCAACACUCUCUCCCGCCGCCCAACAAACCUGAACAACGUCGAGCUCGAACGCAUCAACACCUACCGACUCCAACAUCGCUCGACCGUCGGCUCCGGCCCAGCCGUCCCCCCUACCGAAUGGCUCCCAAUGGGCGCCGGCAAGCCCUAUCCGCCCGGCCUGCCAGACCCGGAACAAUUCGUGGUGGAAUUCACGGGCUCCGACGAUCCCAUACAUCCGCAGAACUGGUCGCUCGGUCGAAGGGUGGCAAUCUCCGCGACAUUGGCGUAUACGACCUUUGUUUCUUCCUUCGCGAGUGCCAUUUACUCCUCGGCUGUUACCGAGAUCGCACCGUACUUCCAUGUUAGUACGGAGGUUGCGAUUCUCGGCGUCACGCUGUAUGUUCUGGGUUUUGCGUCUGGACCGACAUUAUGGGCCCCGAUGAGUGAGCUUAUCGGAAGAAGACUGCCCAUACUACUGGGGAUGUUCGGUUACUCGCUCUUCACCGUUGCGACAGCUACAUCGAAAGACGUGCAGACCUUGAUGCUAACCCGCUUCUUCGCGGGGUUCUUCUCCGCCAGUCCAAUCGCCAUUGUCCCUGCCGUGUUCGCGGAUAUUUGGGAUAAUGCCACACGCGGCGUGGCGAUUGCCAUGUUCGCAAUGGCGGUGUUUGUGGGUCCGUUUGCGUCGCCUUUUACCGGUGGCUUUAUUACGAUGUCGCAUCUUGGGUGGAGGUGGACUAUGUACAUCUCCUGCAUUAUGGGGUUUUUGGCACUGGGGUUGUGUCUGCUGUUUCUCAAGGAGACGUAUGCGCCGGCGAUCCUGGUUGAGAAGGCUAAGACGCUACGGCGACAGACCCAUAAUUGGGGGAUUCGCGCGAGGCAGGAGGAGGUUGAGCUUGAUUGGGGUGAGCUCAUUACGAAUAAUUUUAGUAGGCCGUUUCGGAUGUUAUUUACUGAGCCGAUUGUCUUUUUGAUCUCACUGUGGAUGAGUUUCGUCUACGGACUGAUGUACGCACUACUGGGUGCAUACCCAGUCGUAUUCCAAGGAAUCCACCGCAUGAACCUCGGCGUCGGCAGUCUCCCAUUCAUCGGCCUGAUCAUCGGCGAGCUUCUCGCCGGUGUCUACAUUCUCUACGACCAGAAAGCAUACACGAAAAAGCUAGCCGACAACAACAACAUCCCCAUUCCCGAGUGGAGGCUUCCACCUUCCAUCCUUGGUGGCGUAUGCUUCACCGUCGGACUGUUCUGGUUCGGCUGGACCGGUUGGACCAAGUCGAUUCACUGGAUGGCACCGACAGCGAGUGGAGUCAUUACAGGAUUCGGGAUCUAUGUGAUCUUCCUGCAGUGUUUUAACUAUUUGAUUGACUCGUACCUGACAUUCGCCGCAUCUGUGUUUGCCGCAAACACGAUCAUUCGAUCUGCAGUCGGAGCUGCGUUCCCUCUUUUCUCGAAGCAGAUGUUCCAAAACUUGGGGGUGCAGUGGGCUGGGACGCUCCUUGGAUGUUUGGCUCUCAUCAUGGUACCGAUUCCGCUGGCGUUCAUCAAGUGGGGCCCAGCUCUGAGGAAGAAGUCGAAGUUUGCACCCACAUUCGGGCCGAGUGAGACUGCAGCUGCGGAGAAGGAGCCUCGCGCGUCUGUAUAG